UGAGAUUCAUGAGAAAGUGUAAACAGUUAUUCUGAAAUGUUAUGACUGGCUUGAGACUUACCGUCGUGUCAGGGGCGUAGUUGAUUUUGUUCUUCUAGUAUCUUGAGAUUUACCAAUAAUGCUCUCUCUGUCAAUUCGUCAGGUCUCUCAGUUUUUACGUGAUGGUUUAUUGUUGCCGAGCAGUUUGUGUGAGGAGUGCUUGGCAAGAUCACGACGCAUUGAAGAGCUUAACGCAUUCAUACGCAUUGAAGAAAAGUUGGCACGCGCACAGGCAUCAGAAUCGAAUAUUCGAUAUAAAGAUGGUUGUCCACAGGGCUCACUUGAUGGUGUCCCUGUAGCAGUAAAAGACAAUUUCUGUACGAAGAAUAUAAAAACAACUUGUGCUUCAAGGAUGUUGCAAGACUUUUGCCCUUCAUAUGAUGCAACUGUGGUGCGGAAGCUGAAGGAAAGUGGUGCAAUCUUAUUGGGGAAGUGCAAUAUGGAUGAAUUUGCUAUGGGGUGUGGCACUGUAGAUUCACUCUAUGGUCCUACUAAAAAUAUCUGGCUUUCAAGAUUCCAAGGUGUAAAAAAUACUCAAGACAAUCCUUUGCAGCAUGAAGAGUUUGACAGUGGCGAUCAUGCCUCUUUCAAAAAACAAAGGAUUCGUGAGUUUCAUACAGUGAGCACCUUGACGCAUGCUGCAGGUGGUGGUGAUGAUUGGCACAUAGCAGGUGGAAGCUCAGGAGGGAGCGCUGUCGCUGUAGCAAGUGGAGCUGUGUUUGCGGCACUGGGCUCAGAUACAGGUGGCUCUGUGCGCAAUCCUGCGGCAUACUGUGGCAUUGUAGGUUUUAAACCUACGUAUGGUUUGCUGUCGAGGUAUGGUCUCAUACCUCUUGUAAAUUCAAUGGAUGUGCCAGGCAUACUUACCAGAACAGUUGAUGAUGCAGUAACAAUGUUUAACAUUCUAGCUGGCCACGACCCAAUGGACUCAACUACAGUGCGUAAACCAUUUUCGCCAAUUUUUCUUCCUAAGGAUCUAGAUGUUAAGGGUCUGAGAGUGGGUGUGCCUGCAGAGUACCAUUGCCCUGGGCUGUCCACAGAGGUGCUGGCAGCGUGGACUGAGGUUGCAGAUUUACUGGAACAUAAUGGAGCAGUUGUUUCACAGGUAUCCUUACCACAUACACAGCUGUCAAUAGCAUGUUAUUCGGUUCUGAAUCACACUGAAGUUGCUAGCAACAUGGCUCGCUAUGAUGGCAUCGAAUAUGGAUACCGGGCAAAUGAAAGCAAUUCAGCUGAAGCACUCUUCGCUGCUUCUCGCAGAUCUGGCUUUGGUGAGGUUGUUCGCAGCCGAAUUCUCUCUGGGAACUAUUUCCUCCUGAGAAGGAAUUACAACAAGUACUUUGUACAAGCAUUGAAACUGCGAAGACUGAUAGCUCAGGAUUUUGAACAGGUGUGGUCUUUGGGUGUUGAUGUGCUGCUGACACCAGUAACUAUGACUGAUGCUCCAAGGCACUCAGAAUUUGUCAAGCUGGACAAUAGACAACAAUGCAGUAGUCAAGACUAUUGCACACAGCCUGCCAACCUCGCAGGUUUACCUGCCAUCAGUGUUCCAGUGAAGCUAUCCAAAAAUGGUCUACCACUCAGUUUGCAGUUAAUGGCACCCAUGUUCAAAGAAGAUACGUUGUUUCGCACUGCUAAAUGGAUUGAAGAAAGUUUAAAAUUUCCUGCAGCUGAACUAGCCAUGUGAAACAAAUGCAGUGUUACAAAAAGAUUCUGCACCACUGUUCUUUGAUUUUUACUUUAUCCAUAAUGGAUAUGAGACAGGUUAUUGGAAACCAGGAAGGACUUCUGCGAUAGAAUUAGAUGAAUAUGGAAAGAAGGAAAGAUAGAUACGUACUCAAAUGAAAAGUAAGAAAGGAAAUAAAUAAAAAUGGAUACCAAGAUCGAAGAAGAGAAAGAAGAUAGCCCCAAAAGAGGAAACCCUUCCCACCCCCUUUUACCAGGACCCCUACCUCACAAGUAUUGAGUGAGAAGCCGGCGGAGGUUUGGUGUUAAAUCGUCUCCUACAGAACGGACAUUCCUACCUUCACCCUUGAGAUCCCCCGAAGCAACCCUAUGGAAAUGGCAAAUGGUGGAGAACCAGGCACACUUGUUCGUGAGGGUCAUCUGAAGGGUAUGGUGUGUGUCUCGUGUUAGUCAUGAUUUGUGUGUUUUUGUAAACCAUGCUUUUAUCCAAAAUACCCACUCCUUUAAAAACUGAUACAAACCCUCCCAUCUACAUCACAUCUCAUAAAUAGUAUAAAAUAUUCUAUACAAAGUAGAAAAUCUAAAUCUUGUAGCCGUUUUGCUAAAUCUUGGAAAGUAUCAUUCUGCUUGUUACUAAGGUCAGUGAACAGUUGGUUUAUAUGAAUGUUCAAGGAACUUGUUAAUUCUUUCUUUAAAUCUAAUGUCAAAUUUUCAACUUUACUAUUUAGUGUGUCAAAUUCAGUCUUUAGUGAACCUAUAUUUGUUGCUUGACUAUUCAAAAUUUCACUCUGGUCAUUUAAACUAGAAUGUUCCAAAGUUAUUUCUUUCCUUAGAGUUUCAUUCUAAGCAUUCAAUCGAGAAUUUAAGGUUUCAUUUAAUUGUAACCUCUGGGCUUCUAGUUUUCAUUUAAAUGAGAACUUAUUAAGCCUAAUUCUUUCCUUAAAGUUUCUGAAUCUGCCCUCUGAGUUUUGAUUAAACUUACUAAUUCAUAUCAGUCUUGCAUUUCUCUACUGACUCACAUAGCCAUAGCUGGUUCUUUAGUUUCUUUGAUUUGUUUCACGUUAUCCAUAUUAUUAUGAGCUUUAGAUCUAGCAGGCAUUUAAAAACUUCACUCUGAGUAUAAUACCUACACCUAUAUGAUUCACUCAACUGUUUAUCCAACUUUACACUCAGACAAUAAAGUACUGUUUUACACUCACCCGGCUUAGAGUUUAGGCUGCGUCGCCGAGCGGAUGUGGAAUCAGCACCGGUGAGCAACAAGUGGUGCCGGUAGCGUUGGAUGUAGGUUUCCGCAUCAACGUCAGUGAGCGGAUGUGGAAGCAGGUUAGCGCCGAUGAACAGCAACUGGUGCCGGCGGCGUCGGAUGUUGUUUUCCACGUCUGUGCCCUCGCAAUGCGUGUGAGAGCUGUCUACUCCCCACACCGGAUCUUCUUAGUCAAAUUGUUCUCGGCUUAUCUCUUCUUAGCCUAAUGUGUCAAGAUCUUCUCUCUUUUCUUUUAAUGUUAUGACUUUCUUAUGUCUCCUUUUGUUACAUUUACUGAUUUUCGCCAUUUGAUUGUUAGGCUUAGUCCAGUUUCUCAUAGUGGUUCUCUCGCCGUGUUAUCCUGGCAAAACACAAAUUUAUACUAAAGUUUGAUAUCAUAAAGGUCUAUUAACUGUGAAAUUUUCAGAUUUUUAACUUGUCCCCCAAAAAAGAUGUUGCAGGCCACAAAAUGGAAAAAUUGCAAAAAAAAAUCCCUUUUUUAAAAUAGUGUAUUUUUUAAAACUAUAAGCUGCUCACUAUUGAUACUCUAUAAAAAGUAAUUGUACUAUACAAUGUAUUAAAGCUGAUAAAUUAAUCUUUCUUUGGAAAACUGCUGUUCAGCAAUUGAGUUUUUUUAAUUUGUGGCUGACAACUUUGAACUAUUAAAAAUGUAUUAAAGAAAACAUUCAGCUGAGUGAUAAUGAUGUUAAUUUGAAGCCCAGAGUGUGUUGAACUAAAUGCAUUUUAUCUGAAAGGCUUAGGACAAUCCACUACUGAAUAAUUGUAAAAAACGUAGAUGCUUGCAAAUAUAGAAAAAUGCAAGCGGCCUGGAACAAAUAUGGCCACCAUUUCAAAAUAAUAAACAAUAAUUUUUGUAAAAAAAUAUUUUUGUGACUACUAAACAUUGGGUGAUUCACCCAUCAAAUAUAAAAAUUUUCUGAGAUUGUCAAGCAACCAGUGCUGGACAAACUUGGUUUUGAUUGACCCUCGCCUCAAUAAGUUAAAAUGGCACUUGGAUCUUCUGUGUUGUAUUUUGAGGGACUGGGUAUUGUGCAUCAGGAGCUUGAAAAACCUGGCAGUAGUGAUGUUUUAAACUUCAAUUAUAUACCAAACAAUAUGAACAUAAUACAAUGCAAUGGCAAGAAAAAUAAUACAUUUUGCACAAUGAAUCUGAUGUUUUUCCAAGAUGAAGUCCAGCUCCCCAUCAACCCCAUCAAUAUCAUAAUCUACUGAAAGAUUACUGUAAACAUGGUAGCGUCACUCGGAAUGAGAUGCAUAAGAGAUGGCUGUGAUAUAGGCUUUCCAUUAGGCCAAAAAGGUAAAAGGAGCGAUGAGAAGUUUACUCCAGUCUUUGAGCGACCAGCUCUUCUUUUCUUGACAUCAACUUCAACAAAAUUCUAUCUAAUUCUGUAUUCAUAAAUACAGAGAAGGGUGUGCUCUUUAAGAUUCUAAUCUGAUGGAGUUGCAGCCAGCUUACUUUGUUCUGAUGUAUGUCUUGUUUCCUAUUAACAAUACUCUUUAAGUUGUGUGGUUCCUUUGAAGUCAAGUUUUUGCAUCCUAUGGACCUGUAGGGGAUUCUUUUUGCUUGCUCUCUGCAUUACACAGAUGUAAUCUUCUGGAAUAUAGAAUCUAUCCUGCAUCUUCAGAGCACAUUCUACAUCACCAAAGUCACUAUCAUUAGGCAAAAAAGAAUGGCCUGAGAUAAGAUAUUUCAGUGUAGUUGCCUCCAAAGAACUAUGCUCUUCUAGAAUUGCUUUUAAGAUUAAAACCUUUUUUAUAUUACAGUUUUGUUCCCCCACAUGAAUCUGACCACAAAAACAAUUCCUACUAACAGACAAUGCUUACCGCAUUUUAAUCUUUAUGUUGGCGACACUGGUUUACUAUGUACUCUGGCUAAAGUGCCCUCUGCUGCCAGUAGGUUUUUGUAUAAAUACUGACACGAUCUGAGUAUUAGCACGCACAUGUUUACCUUGACGAUGAUUUAGAUCAGAAUAUUUUAACGGUAUGUAUGACUGCCAUACAUGGCUAUACCUAUUUUAUAUUUCAUGCAUCACUAAGACUUGUAUAGAUUUAAUCUUAAUUAAUUGAACCUGGUCGCUUAAACAAUAUUUAUAUUUACAACAGAUCUGAAGAUGGCGAUAAGUCGAAACCGGUCAUAAAGUGUAAAGAAAUCUAUGUGAUCAAGACGGACUGUAAAAAUAAAAGUGCUAAUUGUAAAUGAGUUUAAUGAUUUCCACAAGAAAAUUAACUCACUGUUGAACAAUAAAAAAAUGAUGACAUGCAUUUCUUGAUCUAAACAUCAAAUGGUAGGAUUGCCUUCAAAGUCUAAAGGACCCGAUGACAAUGGAUAUUUUAUUAUAUGAUAACUCAUGUCAUCCAAAUGACCAAAAAACUUUCCACCCUUCAGGGCAUAGUAGAUAGAACAUUUAAAGUCCUGGUGGUUAAACAGGAGACAGUGACUGAGCUGAAUAUUAUCAGACAACUAGCCAGAGCUAACAGAAGCCAUGAAAACAUAAUGAAUAAGGAAUAAUUUAGAAUAGUAUGUUGAUAAAUGCUGUACAUCUUUAACAGUUGUAAUGCGAUGUUAAUCGGUCAGGCGGAUAGGUACUUAGUCAAGGCACAAGGAUUACACAGACACUUCUCAGCUUCACAGUAUAGAAAUGUCCACCGUAGCCAUACACAGCCAUGAAACUGGCCACCCUAUGUUGGGAACUGAAAAAGGCCUCUCAAUUUCACACAAAUAGGAUAGGGGUAGAAAAUUGGAUCUAUUAGAGAUUACAGUGCAUAGCGGGAGAAAUGAAAAUUAAAUGAAUAGAUCUUACGAGAUGCAAACAACUUUUUAAAAAAAAUUGUAGAUGUGUUAUAAUAUCAGUCUUCAGUUAGCUACUUUAAUUAUAGUAAUACUGUCGCCAGUCUUUUUGCAAUGAGAUUUGUGGGGAUGCAAAUGAUCUAUGUUCGUUGGUGUCUCUGUGAUCCCUUUUUUGUGCAUAUGAAGUGAUCACUCACGCUGCUUGUGUGUUUGUAGCUGUGUCUUUCCUGGAGGUCUGUGGGCCAUCAUUGAAUGAAUAAAUGAUAAGCACAUUUUAAGGAAACCUGGUUAUGAGGGAAGUUACCAUUAAUUUUUAUUAUUUUUUAUAUUUUUAUUUAUGUUUUCAUCUUUAUAACUUCUGUGAGAUUCUUGUGGAAUGUUUCUGUUGGCAAAGUCUUUCUCCUUCAAAAUGUGCCAUAGUUAGUGCUUUUGCAUUGUGAAGGGUGGUUGACUCCACAUUUUCAUGUUGAAUCUUCGAUUUGUGUAUACUGGUAGCUUAUUAAGUUGCUGUAGAGAAAUGUAAAUGUAUAUAUGUGGCAAAUACAUUUUCAUGGAACUGUCUGGUGUUGGUGAGGCUUUGGGAGCAACAGUGGGACUCGCUCACUGUGUUUGUCAAGAGGAAUAUGGCCUCCCUGGCUGGUGCCAACAGUCUUCGACAUCAAGAAGUUCGACCCAUGUACCACCUGGUCUUAACUUGGCUCAGCGGCUGUGUAACUGAGCAUCUGCAACGUUAGCACUGCUUAUCCAGCAAUGGUAUUGUUUGGCUGCUCCUGUCACAUAUCUGACCGGCUGUCAGCUUCUGGUACACUGAAACCCAAAGUUCUUCACUUCCCUCUUUAGAAUUCCCCAGAGCUGUGUGAAGGAAAUUUAAAUUAUUCUCUGUGAAAUAAAUGAUGGACACACAAACUAUGAAGAAUUUCUCUGCUCUUGAUGUAUUUUAACCAGGAUAAUUACACACACACACACACACACACACACACACACACACACACUCUUAACAGUCCUGAAAUCACACCAAAUAAUUUCCAACAUAAAAUUGUGAUGUAAUUCUGGUGUUCCCUUGCAAACAUGUAUGAUAGUAAAUUUCACAAAGUGUUUGUUAUAUAUUUUGUCAGUGUUAACAGCCAAACACAUUUGAAUGUACAUAUGUAUUAUUCGUGAACUAUUUAUUGAACACUGGAUUCACUAGGUUGACAUCAGGAGACUCAAAAUACUUGCAGGUUUAAGGGAACAAUCAAAUACUUAUCUGGGUACCUGUCGUCGAAACAGUGAAUGAUGUAAAUUGUUUUAUCUUGUAGCUCCUCCACUAAGGUUCCCUUCGUUGCAAUGUCAAGCAAUUUGUGACAUGCUAACUACAAAAAGAUUUAUGUGAAAUAAAAAAUUUAACUUCAAAAUAUUUAUUACAGAAAUUUCAGCAUAACGAAACUCGGUCUUGACAUCGCAUAAUCUGAUGCAAACAUGUGUGGAUACCACCACUGAUACUUAUAUAUAGUUACUAUAAUGAAGGUCAAGUUCAUGCAUUUUUAUUUGAGGACAUUUCAUAAAUUAUAAGUAUAGUUUCACAUUCCUGGACAGCUGAUAAAUAAUUCCAGAUUUGUUUUUGUAUGGACUUCCACGUGCGAUGAUAAUUUAACAGAAAUACAUUUACUAACUUGCAAAAAUUUGAUGUCUUAUUUGUUCAAACAAUGCUUCAGAUGAAAAUUUUAAUUACUUCAAUAUUAUCUAAUAGUAUUUUGUUCCUACUAUGUUUUUGCUGUAGUUUUGUUGUAUGCUAUUAAUACAUUCUGAAUGCUGGCACAAAUUUGUAAGUAUACCAGUCACAGUG